CACCUUUUUUCGAUUCCUUCAGAAAAGGACUCCUGUUGUAUGAAAUGAAACCAAAACAACAUUAACAUGGCAGCACCAAAUUCAAAGACAUCCUCCUCCUCUUCCUCCCCUCCUUCUUCAUCGAAGCAACCUGAAAAUGCAGUAAAAUUUGCCAGACGAACGUCCAGCGGCCGCAUAAUGAGCUUGUCUAGGGAAGAUUUGGACAUGUCUGGAGAUCUCUCAGGCCAAAAUGACUACAUCAAUUACACUGUUCUUAUGCCACCUACACCUGACAACCAACCUGCGACCAGCGCCCCUUCUGAAUCAAAACCCACAACCCGGUUUGCCUCGGAGUCCCAAAGAAAGGAGGAUGGAGGCGGUAGCGGUGUUAAAGGGGUGCAACGAAGAAUGUCGGUGAUGAAGUCUCCGAAUAAUAAAUCAAUGUUGUUGAGGACCCAAACUGGAGAUUUCGAUCACAACCGGUGGCUUUUUGAGACCAAAGGAACAUACGGGAUUGGAAAUGCGUUUUGGCAAGACCAAGACGGUUAUAAUGGUGAAGGCGAAGUGAGCAUGUCGGAUUUCCUGGACAAGCCAUGGAAGCCGCUCACUCGGAAAGUUAAGGUCCCGCCUGGGGUCCUUAGCCCUUACAGGCUACUGAUUCUCGUCCGUCUGGUAGCCUUAUUUUUUUUCCUCAUCUGGCGAUGGCGAAACCCCAAUCCGGAUGCCAUAUGGUUGUGGGCAUUGUCCAUUAUUUGUGAAUCCUGGUUUGCUUUUUCAUGGUUACUCGACAUUCUCCCUAAACUUAACCCCAUCAAUCGCGCCACCGACCUCGCUGCCCUCCACGAUAAGUUUGAGCAAUCCUCACCGUCUAACCCAACCGGCCGCUCUGACCUUCCUGGAGUUGAUAUAUUUGUUUCUACUGCUGACCCCGAGAAGGAACCACCGCUUGUAACAGCCAAUACUAUUCUAUCAAUCCUUGCUUGCGAUUAUCCGGUGGAGAAGCUAUCCGUAUAUAUUUCAGAUGACGGUGGGGCUAUACUCACGUUCGAGGCCAUGGCGGAGGCGGUUCAGUUUGCGGAAGUGUGGGUCCCGUUUUGUCGGAAACAUAAUAUCGAGCCGAGGAAUCCGGAUAGUUAUUUUAACGUGAAGACUGAUCCAACUAAGAAUAAGAAGCUACGGGAUUUUGUGAAGGACCGGCGGUGGAUUAAGAGAGAGUACGAUGAGUUUAAGGUUAGGGUUAAUGGGUUGCCUGAGAGGAUCCGUACAAGGAGUGAGAUGCAUAACCAGAAGGAAGAGAUGAAGGAGAAUAAGCUAGCUCAAGAAAAGGAUGGAGAGUCCACGCCACAGGAUCCAAUCAACGUUAACAAGGCCACCUGGAUGGCCGACGGAACCCAUUGGCCAGGGACAUGGCUCAAUUCUGCUGCUGAUCAUGCCAAGGGAGAUCACGCCGGAAUCUUGCAGGUGAUGACAAAGGUACCGGAGCCUGAUCCAGUAAUGGGUCACCCUGAUGAGAAAAGUUUAGACUUCACCGGCAUAGACAUCAGGCUGCCGAUGUUUGCAUAUGUUUCAAGAGAGAAGCGGCCAGGGUAUGAUCACAACAAGAAAGCCGGCGCCAUGAACGCCUUGGUUAGAGCCUCUGCAAUCUUAUCCAACGGUCCAUUUAUUCUGAAUCUGGAUUGUGACCAUUAUAUAUAUAAUUCCCUGGCGAUAAAAGAGGGAAUGUGCUUCAUGAUGGACCGCGGCGGUGAUAGGAUUUGUUACAUACAAUUUCCACAGAGGUUUGAAGGGAUUGAUCCGUCUGAUCGUUACGCAAAUCAUAACACUGUCUUCUUUGAUGGAAGUAUGAGAGCGCUCGACGGCCUUCAAGGCCCGGUGUACGUGGGCACUGGCUGCAUGUUCCGGCGGUAUGCACUCUAUGGAUUCAACCCACCUAGGGCAAACGAUUAUUUAGGUAUGUUUGGGCAAGUCAAGACCCAGGCACAAGAGAUUCGACCUCGUACUUCUGAUGAAGAGGACCUAGAGACAGAGCCUUUGAAUCAUCCUGACCUGAACCUGCCACAGAAAUUUGGCAAUUCCACCAUGUUCAAUGAGUCCAUAGCUGUGGCCGAAUUCCAGGGACGGCCACUUGCUGAUCAUAUGUCCGUUAAGAACGGUCGACCUCCAGGUGCACUGAUCAUGCCACGUCAGCCUCUUGAUGCCCACACCGUGGCGGAGGCAAUUGCUGUCAUUUCAUGCUGGUAUGAAGACAAGACUGAGUGGGGUGAUAGAAUAGGGUGGAUUUAUGGAUCUGUAACAGAGGAUGUGGUGACUGGGUACAGGAUGCACAACCGUGGCUGGCGAUCCGUGUACUGUGUCACCAAGCGUGAUGCAUUCCGAGGAACUGCACCCAUCAACCUAACUGAUCGUCUCCACCAGGUCCUCCGGUGGGCUACAGGAUCAGUGGAAAUCUUCUUCUCAAGAAACAAUCCUUUGUUGGCCACUCGCAGGCUCAAGUUCCUCCAGCGCAUUGCAUAUCUUAACGUUGGAUUCUAUCCCUUCACCUCCAUUUUCCUGGUGGUCUACUGCUUCCUCCCAGCUCUUUCCCUCUUUUCUGGACAAUUCAUCGUCCAGAGUUUGGACAUCGAAUUCCUUUUUUACCUCCUAAUCAUCACUUUAACACUUACCCUUAUCUCUCUCCUCGAAGUGAAAUGGUCUGGUAUCAGCCUGGAGGAAUUCUGGCGAAAUGAGCAAUUCUGGCUCAUUGGUGGCUCCAGUGCCCACCUUGCUGCCGUCCUUCAAGGCCUUCUGAAAGUCACAGCUGGUAUAGAAAUCUCUUUCACCUUAACCUCAAAAUCAGCAGGUGAAGACGAGGAUGAUAUCUACGCGGAUCUUUACCUUAUCAAGUGGACAAGUUUGUUCAUAGUCCCAUUGACAAUUUUGAUUGUGAACCUUGUGGCUAUAGUGAUUGGGUUCUCAAGAACCGUAUACAGUGUGAUACCACAAUGGAGUAAGCUGAUGGGGGGCCUGUUCUUUAGCUUCUGGGUGCUGGCACACAUGUACCCAUUUGCAAAGGGAUUGAUGGGAAGAAGAGGAAGAGUGCCCACCAUUGUAUACGUCUGGUCAGGGCUCAUCUCCAUUAUAUUAUCUUUGCUAUGGAUAUCAAUCAGUCCGCCAGAUGAAAACAAUACAAGCGGUGGAAGUGUUCAGAUAUAACCACUUAGAAGCUGCGUUAGUAUUGCAUGCCUUGAAAAGGUUUUCUCCCUUUGCUUCUCUGUAUAUUACCAGAUAACAUGUAUUUGUGCAGUAGGGUGAUUUAGCGCCCUACCAUAGCAAAUGUACUAUAAAUUUUUCUUAAUUGU